AUGGAUGAGAAGAAGUUCGAAGAGAGUACGGUCCAGACAUCGUCUCCAGACCAACUACCUGCAUAUGGAGACACUCAUACUACGAAGGCCAGUUUAGGCCAGCGAUUCAUUGACAGCUUCAAGCGCGACCCUAAUGCCAACGUUACGGGCGGCCAUUCCGAGGGUGCUGAUGGAUCUGGAUUUGAUAUCGAGGGUGCUGCUGCCAACACGGCCGCGUCGCCUCUGCAGCGUCGGCUGAAGGGUCGUCAUUUGCAGAUGAUUGCCAUUGGUGGUUCAAUUGGUACUGGUCUCUUCGUCGGUUCCGGCUCUGUCCUGGCAACUGGUGGUCCCGCGUCUCUCAUCAUUGCUUACUGCCUCAUUGGUGUUAUGUUAUACUGCACUGUUCACGCUCUGGGUGAAAUGGCGGUUCUUUUCCCUGUUGCUGGUUCGUUCUCUCACUACUCGACUCGUUUCGUGGAUCCCGCCUGGGGUUUCGCCAUGGGCUGGAACUAUGCGCUUCAGUGGUUGGUUGUUUUGCCUUUGGAAAUCGUCGCCGCGUCCAUUACGAUAGAUUACUGGAGUCCCGGCAUCUCGAAUGCGGCCUGGGUUGCAAUUUUCUGGGUGUUGAUCGUCUCUAUCAACAUGUUCGGUGUUCGUGGAUAUGGUGAAGCCGAGUUUGUCUUCUCUAUUAUCAAGGUUGUUGCUGUUGUGGGAUUCAUUAUCCUCGGUAUCAUCCUCAACUGCGGUGGUGGCCCCGAGGGCGGAUAUAUUGGAGGAAAGUACUGGAAGGACCCCGGCGCGUUCAACAAUGGCUUCAAGGGUCUUUGCAGUGUGUUCGUCAAUGCUGCCUUCGCCUUUGCUGGAACUGAACUGGUCGGUCUGGCCGCUGCCGAGACUGCCAACCCCCGCAAGUCUCUCCCCACUGCCAUUAAGCAGGUUUUCUGGCGUAUUGCUCUCUUCUACGUUGUCUGCCUGACCCUUGUUGGUCUCCUGGUUCCAUACACCAACGAGAAGCUGCUUUCGGGUAGUUCCUCAGCCGAUGCUAAGGCUUCCCCCUUCGUCAUUGCUAUCGAGAAUGCCGGAAUCAAGGGUCUUCCUUCGGUCAUGAACGUCGUUAUCAUGAUUGCUGUGCUCUCUGUUGGUAACUCAUCCGUUUAUGGUUCCUCCCGUACUCUGGCUGCGUUGGCCGAACAGGGCCAAGCUCCUCGCUUCCUCGCUUAUAUCGACCGCAAGGGUCGUCCCAUCUUUGCUAUUAUUACCGCCUCCCUCAUUGGUCUGCUCUGCUUCUUGGCUGCAUCUGAUAAGCAGACUGAUGCUUUCAACUGGAUGAUGGCUAUCUCAGGUCUAUCCUCCAUCUUCACCUGGGGCUCGAUCUGCCUCUGCCACAUCCGAUUCCGUCGUGCCUGGAAGCUGCAGGGCCACACUCUGAACGAACUGGCUUUCCGCUCCCAGCCUGGUGUCAUUGGCUCUUGGAUUGGCUUCGGCUUCAACUGCCUGGUCCUCAUCGCCCAGUUCUGGGUCGGAUUCGCACCUGUCGGCUACGCCGAGAAGACUGCGGGUGAGCGUGUAGAGAACUUCUUCAUGUCGUACCUGGCCGCGCCCAUUGUUGUUCUCUUCUACAUCCCGUACAAGUUUAUUUACAAGACCAAGUUCGUGCGAUCUCGAGAUGUCGAUUUGACAACAGGUCGUCGUGACAUGGAUGUUCAGCACUUGAUUGAGCAGGAGCAUGCCGAGCAAGCAGCCUGGCCAAUGUGGAAGAAAUUCUACAAGCUUUUCUGCUAG